CGCGGGCGCUUUCGGCGGCUCGUGACGGCGAUGGCGGCCGGGUGCGGGGCGCUGGGCGCGGGGGCGCUGCCGGCGCUGCCGCCGCUGUUGGUGCCGGGCGUGCCCGAGCUGAAGCCGCUGACGCGCUAUGAGGCCAUGCGGCUCGGGCCGGGCUGGAGCCACUCGUGCCACGCCAUGCUGUACGCGCCCAACCCGGGCAUGCUUUUCGGCCGCAUCCCGCUGCGCUACGCCGUGCUGAUGCAGAUGCGAUUUGACGGACUACUGGGCUUUCCUGGGGGGUUCGUGGAUCGCCGUUACUGGUCCCUGGAGGACGGUCUGAAUCGGGUGCUGGGCUUAGGUUUGGGCUGUGUGCGCCUGACGGAAGCUGACUAUCUGUGCUCGCACCUGACAGAGGGGCCACAUCGUGUGGUGGCACACUUCUACGCCAGGCAGGUGACCCUGGAGGAGCUGCACGCCGUCGAGAUCAACGCGGUGCAUUCCCGAGACCACGGGCUGGAGGUGAUGGGGAUGGUCCGCGUUCCCUUGUACACCCAGAAGGACCGCAUGGGUGGGCUCCCAAACUUCCUGGGCAACUCCUUCAUUGGGACUGCUAAGUUCCAGCUGCUCUUUGCCCUGAAGGUCUUGAAUAUGGUACCAGAGGAAAAGCUGGCAGAGGCAGUGGCUGCCACACAGAAGCCAAAGAAGCCAGCGAUGGAGCCUGCAGUAGCACCUGUGGCUGUGCCAGCAAACCAGCCGAUAGCCAGGCCAACAAAUGAGCUGGCAUCUGAGCCAGCUGCUGAAUCCGUGGCUGAGCCAGCAGCCACUUUGACCACUGAAGCUGUGGCUGAGCCAACGGCUGUGUCUGUGGCUGAGCCAACGGCUGUGUCUGUGGCUGAGCCAACGGCUGAAGCUGAGCCAGUGGCAGUGCCAGUGGCUGUAGCUGUGACCGUGCCUGGGCCAGCAACUGUGCCGGCUGCAGAGUCGGUGGCUGAAUCGGCAACAAUGUCCAUAGCUGAGCUGGGGGCUGAACCAGCAGCCAAGCGCAUGGCCGAGCCAGCAGUGUUGUCCUCGAUUGAAUUGGCGGCAGUAUCUGUGGCUGCAGCAACAAAUGAGCUGGCAGCUGAGCCCAUGGCUGAGUGAUGCUGGUGUUUUUUUGUGGUUUCAUUAAACUGGGAGAGGAGACUGGAGACUGUUCUUCUAACUUUCCAAGUUGUUGCUGCCCAAGUGACUCCACCUUAGAGUUGUCUGGACAGGGGGGGAUCAGAUUUGCCUGAAGCAGUGGAAAAGCUGUUCUAAAAGCCAGUACACUGUACCAAGCUUUCCAGAUCAAUAUUAACAUCCCCCAACCCCCUCCUUCCUGCAGAGUCCCUGAGCUUAUACAAUGGCUCUGACCCUUAGAACAACACUUUGACUUAACGGGGACACAUCUGCUCAUUUCAGGUCCCAGUGUAGGAAUUUUUGUUUUUUUCAAAUGAACCGAAACAUGUUGCUUUUAAAUUUUUCCAGUAGGGUUUUUAAAGCCCCCCUGCUGCCAUGCUGCAGACUUAGCCACAGCUGCAUUGCACCGGGCAGCAGUGAACAACAAAGCAAUCCUCAUUGAAAAGAGCUGCAGAUGCAACACUGCCAUCAACCUAGGGAGCUGCCUUCUGCUUGGUGUCUGGCAGUGCACUUAGUGCUCCCACUUGGUAAUAGGGGGAUCAUGGGGAGGAAGGAUCUCUUUCCAGCUAACAUAAAAAUCUUGAGUGGCUUAGCUGUGGGUCACCACGAGUGGGUACAGGAAGGACAGGGGUGUAUAGCUUUGCAUAUGGAGAUUGUGUGGGAGCAAGAAAAUGAAAUAAAUGGCUUUGCUGA